AUGGAGCAUAAACGCUACAUGGAUUCCAUACAUAUAGCUAUAACUCAGAUCUUAAAUAUUUCUUAUUUGAGGUCAAGCAUCUAUGAUGUAUUGUUUCAGGCGCAAGGCAGCCCUAUCAAACUCGCAAAAGUAGAUGCUACAGUAGAGAAAGAUUUGGCUGAGAAAUAUGGAGUCACCGGAUUCCCAACGCUGAAAGUCAUGCGACAUGGAAAGAGAUAUGAGUACAAUGGACCACGUGAAGCUUAUGGAAUUGUUAAAUUUAUGCAAGAGCAAUCUUUACCAGCAGCGAAAAAACUCGGCAGUGUUGGAGAAGUGCAGAGAUUCAUGCAGAAAGAAGAUGUAACCGUUAUUGGUUUCUUUGAAAGUGAUGCUUCUCCAGCCUUUGAGCCAUUCUCUGAAGCUGCAGAAAUGCUUCGUGAGGAUUUCAAAUUCAUAGGAUGGGUGUCAGAUCCGGAAGCUUUUAAAAAGUACGAUGCUAAGCCGAAUGAUAUGAUCAUUUUCUAUCCAACUCUGUUCCAAAGCAAAUUUGAGCCAAAGAGCAGGACUUAUAAUAGAGAAGGUGCACCUGCUGAAGAGCUGGUCUCGUUCCUUCGUAAUUUCUGCCUUCCAUUGGUGGGAAAAAGAACCAAGGAAAAUAUUCCAACCCGAUAUGGAAAAUUCCCGCUGGUGGUUGUAUACUAUGAUGCUGAUUUCUCGCUACAAUAUAGAGAAGGUAGUGAAUACUGGCGACAGAAAGUGUUGAAUAUUGCUCAGAAGUACCAAAAAGAUAAUUAUCACUUUGCUGUGGCUGAUGAAGAAGAGUUUGCUGAUGAGUUGCAAGGUGCUGGGUUAGGUGAUUCUGGACUUGAACAUAAUGUGCUGGUCUUCGGACAUGAUGGAAAGAAAUACCCAAUGGACCCUGAAGAAUUCGAUGGUGAACUAGAAGAGAAUCUGGAAGCUUUUAUGAAGAAGCUCAAUGCUGGCAAGAUCAAGCCGUACUAUAAAUCCGCGCCAAUUCCACGUGAUGACAAGGGCCCCGUACGGAUUGUGGUUGGCGCGAACUUUGAAAAGGUACGUAGUUUGGAUUUUGAGCAUAGACAUCGCUUGUUCACCGUUCCUUGUGGGGCUAAAAAAUAUCGUGGAAGUAGGGUAUCAGAGAGGAUACAUGUAUCAAGCGUU